AUGGUCAAGAAACUAAUUGAGUAUACACAUCAACAACUUAAACAUGCAGGAACUCAAGUUGUGAUGAAUAAUCUGAGAGAAACAUUUUGGAUACUCACAUGCAGAACGGCUGUACGGUUUGUAAUAAAUAGUUGUUGGACGUGCAGACGUUAUAAAGUCAAGAGAGCAGAAACCAUUCCCGGCUGUUUACCAAAGGAACGCGUAAAAGAAGCUAACGUUUUUGAAGUCUUAGGCAUUGACUACAUUGGACCUUUAUUUCUGAAGAAAGGACAAAAAGCAUGGAUUUGUUUAUUCACUUGUGCUAUUUAUCGAGCAAUCCAUUUAGAACUUACAACGUCCCUUUCGACAGAAGCCUUUUUACAAGCUUUACGUAGAUUCAUUGCGAGAAGAGGUAAACCAUCUGUUAUUUACACGGAUAACGGAACUAAUUUCGUAGGAGCCCGGAAUCUACUCAAAAGAAUUGAUUGGGAAAAAGUAAAGCAGUUUACUACUAGUCAAAAAAUAGAUUGGCGGCUCAAUCCUCCCUCUGCGGCCUGGUGGGGAGGAUGGUGGGAACGACUAGUAAGGAUAGUAAAAGACUUGUUGAAACGAACACUAAAGAAAGCUUGUUUAUUCUACGAGGAGAUGAACACCGUCUUAUGUGAUAUCGAAGCUGUCAUUAAUUCACGGCCAUUAACAUACCUAGCAGAAGAUACGACGCAGUUAAGAGCGCUGACACCAAUAAUGUUCGUGCAAGAAAUUCCCCGGAACGACGUGUCAGAUUUGGACAAGAUAGACGUCAACCUCAACAAACGCAUAAGGUAUUGCCAGAAAUUACGGGAUGAACUACGCCAGCGUUUCCAGUCAGAAUAUUUAGGACAAUUGUCAAGACAGAACGCUAAAAACAGUAACGCUUCGAUAAAAGUUGGAGAUAUCGUCCUAGAUAAUAUUAUAAGAGUGGCCAAAGUAAAGACUGCCACUGGGGAACUUAUACGUCUCAUUCAGCGUUUAUAUCCUUUGGAGGUGACGGAAGAAACGGAACAGAGUUUGGACGAAGCAGAUCAAACCGAGGACAACGAACACGAACCUACCACACAAACUGUUUCGAGAGCGGUUCGUACUAGAAGCGGACGAUGUGUCAGAGCUCCGGAGAGAUAUGGAUAUUAG